ACUGAGCCAAGACGAGGGAGAAGAUUGAGACAAAUCUCAAGAAAGAUACCCGUUGAUGAAGACGCUACUCUGGAGGAUGAGGAAGAACAAGCCAGCAGUUAUUCUGAGGAUUCAUCUGGAAGCGACGUGGAGUACACAGACACACAGCGAGGCAGUACAGGUCCAAGAGGAGGACAAAUGAAGACUGCAGGGCGGGGCCGAGGACGUGGGAGGGGUCGAGGGCGUGGUAGGGGCCGGGGACGUGGCAGGGGUCGGGGACGUGGUAGAGGAAGAGGUCGAGGCAGAGGUCAAGCCUUAGAAAACUCAGGUGAAGAUAAGACGGUGGUUCCAAGCAGACAGUCAGGAAGACGGAGGAAACAAGUAGAGGCAGAGGUGGAGGAGAAGUCAGACGAAGAGGAGACUGAGUCUCAAGUCAAGCCUCAAACAGCAAACAAUUUUAGUGAAGCAGACAACAAUGAGUUCAAAGUUCAGAUUUCAUUGUGGGAGGUUCAGUUCCGAGAAAGUGGCUUUGCCAAGUGCUCCUUGUGUUACUGCAGACGACGCUCUAUGGAGUCUAUGCUGGGACACUUUAAGAAAUGCUCUCUCAAAACGCCUUCCAGUUAUAUCUGCCGUCAUUGUCAGAAAGAAGUGCAAUCCUCAGCUGGCCUAAAAUAUCACCUGAUGACCACACAUCAUGACGUGCUCAGUUCAGACAACAGUGCCUCCGAUUCUAAAGAGCUGAAUAAAGCUGAGCUUAGGAUGAUACUGAAGAGGAUGGGUAAGAUAACAUGUCUGAUCCAAGGAUGCUCCAAGAGCUUCACAACCUAUCAAGGCUUUCUCUAUCAUCAGAAGACAUGCGGUAAAGAAGCGGAACAAUUCAUCUGUGAAAUAUGUGCCAAGGUGUACCACAGUAAAGGAGGGUUAAUUUAUCACAUGAAAGCCAGCCAUGGCCCCCCUCCUGAGGAAGUCACUCCACCCGACAAGCCAGUUGAGACUGACCUGGGCUCCGAAAGGGGCAAACGAAAAGCAGCCCAGAGAGCAAUAAACAACCUGCAAAACAUGAAGAAGGAAUUGGAGGACGAUGAGAGCACCAACCAGGCAGCCAGGCACCUCACCGACAAAAUGAAGACCCUGUACAGGACUCCAUCCAAGAUGCCAACGAGUAAGGAGACUGCGAAAUGCAGCCUUGCCAUAGAGAAUGGGGAAGAGGUUGAAUGCACCUGGGAAGGAUGUGACCAAAAGUUCCUGAGUUGGCCUUUAUUCAAGUCCCAUUACACCACGUGUUGCAAGAAUCCAGACGCUGAUAGUGGGCAGUUUCUAUGCUUGGUGUGCGGUAAAAUGUUGGCACUAUGGAAGUCAAUGCGAGUUCAUAUCAUCGAAAAACACAAGGAGAAAAUAAAAGAAGUAGCAAGUGACGUUGAGUUUGAUGAGAGUGAGGAUGAUGAUGAUGACGAUACAGAUUAUGAGGAAGAUUCUGACGAUAAGGAAGGAGACAGACGCAGGAGAACCUAUGGACCUUAUCUAGGAGACAGGGCAUCAGGAAGAAUCGAAAGGUGUCAACAGGAAAUCAAACGUAACAUCUCAUUGCGUAUCGCUCACUUCAUGAAAUUAGCUUACAAUGAGAGAAGAAGAAGGUUUGGUUUGUUGGACGGUCAGACUCAUGUUAGUCGAGAGAUUUCCAUUGAUUGGUCAUCCUGGAACCAGCUUACCCAAAGUGAAUCAAAGCAAUAUUUACCAGAGGUUGGAGACUCGAUCAGAUUCACAGUAGGCUCAGGCCGGACUAGAAGAGAACCGUCAUCCUUAGCAUUGUUUGAAGUACUUCCCUCUCAGCCAGGGUGCAAAUCCAGCCUGAAUUUCUACGUCGGUGGUCCAGUAUGGAGUUUAGCAUGGUGCCCUCGCCCACCCAGCCAGAGCAUUGUAACUGAAUAUGCUGCUAUUGGUUGCCAUAGAUCAUUUGAUGAGUGUCAUUUAAUCAGUAGGCUUUAUACUCAACCUGGAGCCAUCCAGCUCUGGGCGUUUGAGCAUCUGCAACAACUCAGCAAGCAGGCACCUAGUUGCCGACUCGUCUGCUGUCUGGCACAUGAAUACGGCUGCAUUUGGGAUAUGAAGUGGUGUCCGUCUGGUUGCUGGCAAAAUGAAACAUCGACAAGUUACGGCUCUGAGGACGUACACGACCUGACAGAAACCAACAGUCGGCGUCAAACAGCACCAGACAGCAGUAAAAAAGACAAGACAUCGGUAGAUACCACUAGCAAUCAGGGAACAACAGUAGAUACUGGCAAUCAGCAGGAAACAGCAGUAGACUCUAGCAAGCAGCAGGAGGCAGCUGCAGAUAGUAGCAAGCAGCAGGAAACAACAGUUGAUGCUAGCAAGCAGCAGGAAACAGCACUGAACUCUAGCAAGCAUAAAGAAAUAGCAGUGGACACCAACAGCAAGCAGGGAACAGUAGUAGACACUAGCAAGCAGCAGAAAACAGUAGUAGACUCUAGCAAGCAGCAGGAAACGGUAGUGGACUCUAGCAAGCAUCACAAACCAGCAGUAGACCCCAACAGCAAGCAGGGAACAGCAGCAUACUGUAGCAAGCAGCAGGAAACAGCAGUAGACACUAUCAAGCAGCAGGAAACAGCAGUAGAUGCCAACAUGAAACAACAAUCAGCAGCAGAUAGCAACAUGCAGCAACAAACAUCUCCAAACAGCAGCAGGCAGCAACAGGCCACUGGGGCUAGGAAUACCCAGCAUCAUGCCAACACUAACAGGCAGCAGCAAGACACUUGUAGGCUGCAGCAAGACACCAACAGGCAGCAGCAAGACAGCAACAGGAUAGGUGUAUUAGCCUUAGCUUGUUCAGACGGCACUGUGCGUAUUCUCAACAUACCAUCCGCUGAGCACAUACAACAGCUGAGGAAUGGAGCUGAAUCUGUCCCUCCAAGUGUAUUCAGCUUAAAGCCAUCCCUGACAUUAUGGACUGGACUGGACCCAUCUGGGAAGGUGUCUGCAUCAUUUGGUCAGUGUUGGUGUGUUGAAUGGGUGCCAGACAAUGGGCACACCAAGAUAGCUGCUGGCUUCGCAAAUGGUUGUGUAGGGCUAUGGGAUGUGAGCUGCCGAUCAUCCUUACUGAGGGUUCAACCCAGUAACUUGUUACCCUUCUUAGUCGUUGAUUGUCAUAGUUCUAGAGUCUCAAAACUCUCAUGGUGUCCAUUUGAUUCCAACUACCUGGUAACAGUCUCUCCAGAUAGACAAGCCAAGUUCUGGGACCUACGAGACCCCAAUGAACCAGUGGUCUCCUAUGGGCAUGGACUGUGUACAGAUUGUACUUGGUUAGAUUACUCAUGUGGACUUGCAGUAACCACUGAUGUUAUGAGUCGAUCACUCAACAGAGGAACUUGUUUCUGCACAAGAUCAACUGCAGACAAUAUCAAGAUCGUCUUCUCCAACUCAGUUUGCACAGAUUGGUGUGUGAAUUCUUCAGAUUGGUUACACUCUCUGCUGAUAAGCAAUGACGUUGGAAACGUCAGUCUCUGCUUACUCCCUGAAUUGACAAACUUUGAUGCAAUGAAACGGAACGAGUUCAUGGGACGGAAAUGGCAUGUGUUCAGCAGUAACCUUCAUGAAAUGGAGUCUGCUGAUAACAUGGCGUCCAAGGAACCUAAUCCAGAUGCAGCAGAGACAUCAUCAUCAUGUGACACAUUGACCCCACUGGUUCCCUGUCAAGCAGCAGAUACACAUGUUGAUAGGGACAAUCUCACUGGUACCCAUCAUGAUACUGGUACGCAUUAUGAUACACAAGCUAAUGAUGAAAACUUCACUGGUUUACGUAAAACCACAAAUAUUGACGGGAACAUUCUCACCGGUGUCAAUCAUACAACAUCAAUUAAUACACAGACUAAUGGGGGCAUUUUAACUGGUGUGCAUCUCAAAUCACAUUCGAAUGUGAACAGUUUAACUGGUGCCCCUCACAAUUUGCAAAAUGAAGGGAAUAAUCUCACUGGUACCAAUCAUCACACACACUCUGAAAGGGAAGACUUCACUCUAAUACGUCUAGACAAACAUGAAGGAGUUGUAGAAUGUCCAUUACCGAUGCAAGAAUCCUGUUGCCAAGUCCGGAGGCAUAACUCGCCAAGCAAUGCGACAAAGACUAACGAUAAUGCUGCAUCGGGCCAUGAAGCCCAGAUUCCCGAGUUUGAAAACUUUGAUCUUGAGUUGUCAGACACUUGCAAAGACGUUGAAAAUAUGACCCAAGAAAGUAUUCUCCCACAAGAAAAUCUGCAAUCAGCUUCUGAGCGGGAUGAUCGCAAUUGUGAAAGCAAAGAAGAUGGUAUUGUGGUAUCAUCUGUAAGCUGUGAGGCUAAUGGUUCUGAAAAACCCAAGGAGGGUAAUGUUAUAUCAUCUGUCAGUCAGGAGGCUGAUGGUUUGCAGCGUCACAGUGAUGAAGGUACUUUAAGAUCAGCAACGAGCCAAGAGGCUGAUGGUUCUAAUAUACCUCAAGAGGGUAUUGUUUUAUCAUCUUUAAAUCAGGAGGCUAACGGUCCACAUUGUCACCAAGAUGAGGCAAUGAGCUGUGAGGCUGGUAGUUUGCAACCUCAACGUGAUGAGGGUACAGUAAGAUCAGCAGUGGGCGGUGAGGCUAAUCGUUCUGAAAAACCCCAGGAGGGUAAUGCUGUAUCACCUGUCAGUCAGGAGGCUGAUUGUGUGCAACGUCACCAUGAUGAGGCAAUGAGCUUUGAGACUGGUAGUUUGCAACCUCAACAUGAUGAGGGUACAGUGAAGUCAGCAAGGAGCUGUGAGGUGGGUGGUUCUGAAGUACCACAAGAGGGUAAUUGUGUAACAUCUAUUAACAGUGAGGAUAGAGGUCCACAAGAUCACCAUAACAAGGCAUUGAGCUGUAAGGCUAGUAGUACGCAACCUCACCAAGAUAAGGGUACAUUAUUAAUAGCAAGGAGCAGUGAGGCGGUAGGUUCUGAAGUGCCUAAAGAGGGCAAUGUGGCGUCAUCUGUCAGUCAGGAGGCUAGUGGUCCACGUAGUCACCAUGAUGAGGCAAUGAGCUGUGAGGCUGAUGGUUCUAAAACACCUCAAGAGGGUAACGUGUCCUUAACUGUUAACUGUGAGACUAUGGGUCCACCACGUAUCCAUGAUGAGGCAAUGAGCGGUGGGGCUAAUGUUUCCAAAACACCCCAAGAGCGUAAGGAGGUAUUAACUAUGAGCAAUAAAAGACAUAGACUAGCCUCCAAGUCCACAAGAAGUAAAAUACAAGACACAUUAAGGACUACUAAGGACACUAAAGAUGAUGAAUGUGAGGAAGAGGGAUCAUCGGAGCAGCGAGUUGAAGUGAAGUGGGGAACAUCCAAGACAUUUAAGGAGUACAUGGAGAAGAUGUAUAUCUCAUUUAAUGAUUCGCUGAUGGAUGAUUUUGGGAACCCUGACUGGAAGAAAGAGAGCUUUUCGAGCCAGCCUCCUCUAUCAUCCUUUUCUCAGAGCUCCAGGCAGCGAUCAGCCGUUGCAAUUCACAAGGCUUGUUGCAACCCCAACCUAGGCACGCAUACUUGGCUACUAAGCGGUGGACAGAGUGGUAUAAUGAGACUACAUUGUAUUGAUGCAUUGAAGAGAACAAAGACAACCAACGCUCUUGCCAGUCAUGCUACACAAGAAUAACAUUCAACUGUGGGUAAUAGUCAAAGACCAGGGCCCAAUAAGCCAUUUGUGAGUUAGAUUUCAAUAAAAUGUCUGGUAAAAUGACUUGCUUAUUAGCAACAAAUGUCUCGCAGCAGAGGGAUCACCCAAGAGGAUUUUUUUUUUUUUUUUUUUUAAUAUCAAGGAAUAAACCAUUUGGGAAACUGAUUUUCAAUGAUUUUGGACGAAUAAAGCAGGACUUGCACCUGCACAAAUAUUUCAAAAUACCACCUUUAUACCAUCUUACCAUUUAAGAUAUGUGCAGUUCGAUUAACAUAUAUUUUUUCAACCUUACACAUGACAGAUUGUUCACAGAUUUAUUUAAUUUUUGUAUCAGGGAUAAAGAAUAAAAUUGGUUUUUACCUUUACACGAUGUGUAUUAAAUGCUGCAUAAUCAGUACUGUAUCGAGUUCUGUGAAAAACAAAACCCAAUCCACAGAUAAAAUACCGAACCCACGACCUUUGCAUAGCUAGAGCAGAUAUCUUACAACUAGACCACCACCGAGCUAGCCUUAUGGCUAGAGACAGCUCCAACCCUUAGCAUUGGGUAAUGCAAACACUGAUUUUCUUUGUUUUCAUCAAGAAUGAAACUUUAUUUCUUUGAAGGGUGAAAAUAAAUGUAAAACUUGGCAGUCAAGCUGUUGAUGCAUUUACUCUCUAAUAUGAAUGGUUGUGGGUUCGAUUCCAAUCAAAGUAGCUGUUGAUUUUUGCCUGCCAGAAAGACCCUGGAACGUACAAGGUCGCUCUUUUUGUAAAGAAAGGUUACAUGGUCGUAACAUGGAACUUCAAAUACUUUCAUUGACACAUAGAAAUUUAUCUCGUUUGGCGACUUGUUUUCAAAACUUUUGUUUAAAUUAAUGGACAAUCAUUAAUGACAAUUAUUUGAGCAGUUAAAAUAACUCCAAAGCUGUUUAUAACUAUAAAUUGUUUUACGCCCCCCCUCCUCCCCCACACACUUCAAUAUCCCUUUUAUCUCAUUAUUUGAAACUUAAACUUUGAGUUUAAUAAAUAAAUGAGAACAGAUUUUACACUGAAGUGGUACUGAGUUGUAUGUUUAUUUUAUUUGAAGAUAAUUAGUUACUUUUUAUCGAGCAAAAUAAUUUAAUGUUCUUCUAUGACUCAUGCUCUAUGUAUAUACCGUUGAAAACUCCUUCACCAUAAAAACAAUAUUUGGAAAAAGACAGAUUUUUUCAAAACUGUUUCUUUAUUGUUUGCCCCAUCAUUCCCAGUCAUAUUAUACAAUUGAAGAUCAGACUUGCUGUUAGAUUCCAAUGGGUUAAUUUAAACAGUGGGCUGCUUUACCUAAGGUAGAGGCAGUGUAUACACUUUUGAUAAUUAUCCAAACAAGUAUCCUCACUUAGUCCCUUACAAGAAAAACUUAUAAGAAUCUUAUAGGAUUCUUAUAGGAAUCAAAGAUAUGACAAAAUUUAAAGAAUUCUAAAGGAAUCUUACUUAAAUCCUAUAGGAUUCUAUUGACCCCUUGCACUCACGUCACACGCGGUGACUGUGCCACGCUUGCGUGUAAAUGCCGCGUCGCCUAUAAUGCGAACUUCACUGAAUAACGCACAGUGACAUUGCCCACCAGUAUGGUGGUUCCAAGAUUAUUCGAUGAUGACUUCAGGUGAAUUGGGUUUUUGCCUGUAGAUAGGACUUGGUGUAAUGAGAUAUGCACAAAAUAACAAACCUGCAAAAGUUUUGCUCAAUUGGUCAUCAAAGUUGCAAGAAAAUAGUGAACGCAAAAACACUAUUUGUGCACUAGAAUUGUUUGCUUCAGAUGCAUGAUAAAGGCUUCAUGUUAAUGUAUACUACUUCUGAUAUCUUGCCCAGACAAAAUGGUUAAUAAAGCCCACUUAAUUGUCCAAAAGGUGUAGAAAAUGAAACAUUAAUACAGUGCAGACGUUAAAACUUUAUUUUAAAAGAAGUGUUUAAAAGAUUAUAAAUGGCAUUAAAAAGUAUUCACAAAAUAUAAAGAGGCCUACACGGUUGAAGGUAAAGAGUAAAUGCAAUACUUUUAAAUACUGAAGAAAAUUGCAUCUAAACAUAAGUUAACAAUGUUACACACCCACUGUGUCAAAUCAGAGACUUUGGAGCACUAGGUGGCAGUAGACGAACGUAGAUCUCAGUGUACGCACAUUUCCGAAAACAUUGGAUUUUCCUAGUAAGUCUGCUACCAUUUAGUGUCACCAACAAGUAUCCCAUUAUCUACAUUAUAACUUAUUAAUUAAGGCAUUUUUAAAAAUACCAUUUAAACAUAUUUUGUUUCUAACUAAAAACAUAUUUACAUUUUUGAACAGGGAACAUGUUUUCAAAAUGAUCAACAAACUCUUACUUAGGCCUAACAUUACAACUUUAAUAACUACUCAACACUAUUGCUGUUAGAAUUGUGUACAAGAAUAAUUAAAGAUGGUAUAUCCACGGUUUCUUUUUCGGAACGCAUAUUCAUUCUGACCCCACAAAUACUUAAACGCAGUGGACACUAUUGGUAAUUGUCAAAAACUAGCCUUCACAGUUGGUGUAUCUCAACUUAUGCAUAA